CACAUGAGGAUGACAACUUCAACUCAAGAGAGUAAGACAAGAAAGUCAAAGGUGGAAGCGAGAUUUUCAGAAGUGAAGCAAGACAUUACAUAUGUUCGACUAACGCCAAGUUUCGCGUAAAUCCACCAGCAUCCAAAAAGAUGAUAUCAGCGUUGUCCUGUCCUCCUAGAGGGCGGGCGCCAAGGAGCUCGCUGACUCUUGUGUUGCUUUUCCUUGCCUCCUUCACCGCUCCUCAACGUCAUGCUGUACAACUGGGAUACCAGUUUCAUCUCGAUGCCUCGUCCAGCACAUCUGCUACUACCAAGAAAGGAGACAGCCCGAAUGUUGCGGUUGCGCUUGGAACGUUCAAGAGCAUGCUCGAUCAGUACGUGAUGAAGUAUAAGGCCAACAAGAUGUCCUACGAACGCGAACGCCGCUUAAACAAGUUAUGUUUUUGCUCGUCUUGGUGAAUGGUCACUGUUUGAUUUGCUAAAAGAUUUAAGUAGUAGAUUGGAGUAAUUUCAUGAUUGGAAGAAGUCUUUUACUAGCGCAACUUCCAUGCAGAUACAAAAAAAAAUGCGAAGAAGAUGAGUGCGUCCUUCUUUGUGUUUCCUGAAUGUUCAUCUAGCAGUGCUCUCCAGAAGUGCUCUCGAGUACGCUCUACAACGGAAAAUUAGAAAUACCAAGAUCACCAUCACCAUAUGCCUUUUCGUAGGUCUAAACAAGAGGCAACUGGAGCUAAAGCGUCAGCUCAAGGACCCUCACGGCUUGGAAACUGCGCUUACUUUUCAACGCAAAGAGCGUGAACAGUUCUUAUGCUGGAGUGCAUUGAUUUCGACGAGAUGAUACUUACAUUCUUUCAUUGUGAGUUUUGAUCAGCAAAUCAUGACACCGCAAGAACACUACUGAAACACUCUGCUUCACAACAAAAAUUAAAGUGUCAGACCGUCAUCUAAGUAGUAUCCUCGAGAAUGUCUGCUCUACUCUUGUAAUCCGCGUCUCUAACCAGGUUCGUAUGUAUCGUCAGCGUGGUGGCCCGCCCACUCUAAUCUGGUGCGUCUCUGACGACCUCCAAAGUAUUUACGAUCUUUAUCUCUAAUCUGCGUCUCUGACCAAAGCAUGUAUGCGAGCACUAUCGGGACACUGGUAGCAGCAUGCGAGCAUCUGGAUCCCAAGUGGGCUGAAGACGAGAACAGCGCAGCCCUUGGCGAUGACAUCAAAGCUAUCUUGCAUGAUCAUGAGACUAGGACAUACUAUGAAGCACCGUGAACAAGUCGCAGCUGAUGGUUUGAACAAGUCUAUAGCUGCAUGUGAAGCUGUCGUGGAAGUGAAGUUAUGGCUGUUGUGGGAGGUAGACGGUGACGUAGAGGUAGAAGAGGUAUUCGUGGUCUGUGGGCAACAGGACUAGGAGGAGACCCAAGUCUGAAGAGACCUUAUCUCUGUCGCCAAAGAAUUAUUUCUUAUUUUUUCCUCCCAUUCUUUUUCUUAGAGAAAGACGCAAGAUGAUCUCGAACUUAUCAAUAUCAACAUGGUAAACUUAGUUAAUAUUUGGAGCACUUGGAUAUGGACAGCGACAGUAGUCUUGAACAGAUAGUGAAAAGAACAAAAGUUUCAGAAGAAGAUUAAGAUAGUACUACCAAUAAAUUUAAAUACCAUGUUCAUCUACUUGACUCAGGGGUCGGAAACAAAGGCGUAAUCAGCAAAGCAGCAAAAGAAGGAC